AUGCCCCUGAAAGAUUUAUUCCCAAACCUGUUUCGGCUAGAAGUUGUGAAGAACUGCUCUAUUCGUGACAGGGUGGAAGGAUUGUGGCUCUGGAAACAUGAUCCCGCGACUAAUGACAAGACAAGGGAGCUGGCUAUCUUAAGCGAUGCUCUGAUCUCUGUUUUGUUGAAUAACAGAAGUGACGUUUGGAAGUGGAUGGGCGAUCCGUCGGGGCGGUUCUCCGUCCGUUCAGUGAAAAAUGUUCUAAGAGGUAAUGUGGAUGUUAGCAACAGGUACGUUAUGGAUUGGUGCAAGUGGACCCCGAUAAAGUGCAAUGUGUUCGCUUGGAGGGCGGAAAUCAAUAGGAUUCCUACUUACGACGCCCUGUUAAGAAGAGGUAUAGUGGUUGGAGACGGCUUAUGCUUCCUUUGUAAAGCUGAAAAUGAGUCGGUUGAUCAUCUCUUUGUUUCGUGCAAAGUGGUUGCAGUGAUUUGGCAAAGGGUCAGUCGUUGGGGCCGUAUUCCUAACAUUUCCGCCUUCUCAUUUAAGGAUCUUUUGGAGACUCACAAGUAUGUUAACGUUGGGGAAACUAAGAAGAAAGCGGUGCAAGGAAUCAUCAUAAUGGCAAGCUGGUAUUUGUGGAAGGCUCGGAACAAAUCGGUUUUCUCGGCGGCUAAUGUUAAGGCUGAAGAUGUUUUUUAUGAUAUUAGAUCGAUGGGAUUUCUUUGUUUUAAGUUUAGAAGUAAGAACAAUCCUAUCUCUUUGGAGGAUUGGUGUAAAUUUGUAAUUAUGUAG